GGAGGCUGGACCCGCAGCCGAGCGGUUUUAUUUUUAUGCCCAACAGCCGAGCUGUUCUACUGGCGGUCUCCUCACCGCUGUCCCCUCCGCUUCAUUGUUUCCCGACGCUGAGAAGCAGAACUUGUGCGAAAUGCUGACUUACACCUCACAGCAGAACUUAGACACCGAAGACACGAGCAGGAUGGAUUUCAUGGACAUCUGUGUGUCCGUCUUGGAGAGACAGAGACAUGACAGCGAGCAAUCCUGCAGCAGCACCCUUGGGUACCAUGACCUGGAGGCCGCUGAGGCCCUGGUGAGCAUGAGCUCGCUGGGUCAGAGGUCGCAGAAGCCCCGGCCUCUCACACCCACCUCUGACUCUUGCGACUCCCUCCUCCUGCACCCUGAAACCAGUGAGCACGUCAAGGACUUCAUCUCCCUCUCCUCGCUGUGCAUGACCCCACCUCACAGUCCCAAUUUUGCUGAAGCUUCCAGCACUGGUGUCCAUACUGCUGUGUCCCCUGUGGCGAGCGGAGGGCUGAGGCCUGCCUCAUCAAGAGCAAGGAUCUGCUCUGGUCUUCCUUCCAGGAGCACCAGCCGAGCUACUCUGCAACAGUUUAUGUCCCCGGCUGAGGAAGCCCCCAGUCAGUUGCCCCCCACAGAUCCUGCUUCUGCUCCACCCUGCAGAGCCAUGGUGACCAGUGUAAUUCGCCACACAGCUGAUAGGUCACCUGUGCAGCAAAUUCCGCCAGCAGCCCUUGAGCCACAGGCCAAGGCCACGCAGCAUCACAAACAACAGCCUCGUGAGGGCCAGCAGCUGUACACCAGUGUCAGCAUCUCCCUACCAACACGGUCUUUCUCUCAGAGCAUCAGCAGCAGUUACAGCAACACACAGGCUGCAAAGGGGACGGAGGGCAGCACAGCCACAGCCUUGCCAGAAAGCCCAGGUGCCACGUCCAUGUCCCCACCGCCUGUCUCUGUCUCCAGCCCUCCAGUCCUCUGCCAAAUGGUCCCAGUGAGCGGACAGCCGGGAAUGAUCUCCACUUUCAUCCAGACCCCAGUGCAGACGCAGAAAGGGGCUAAGCCCAUCUUGCCCCAGGUACCGUCUUUCUCGCAGCAGAUUUUGGUGGGGUCACCCGUGCCACAGGGAACAGUGAUGUUUGUGGUACCCCAGUCCCCAGUGUCACAGCCACCCCAGACCGUUGUAACCCUUGGAAACACCAAGCUCCUCCCUCUGGCCCCCGCUCCGGUGUACGUUCCUUCUGGGCAAAGCCCCAGCGCUGUUCCGCACACUGACUUCUCUCGCAGGCGCAACUACAUCUGCAACUUCCCCGGCUGCAGGAAGACAUACUUCAAGAGCUCCCAUCUGAAGGCCCAUCUCAGAACCCACACAGGUGAAAAACCCUUUAGUUGUAGCUGGGAUGGCUGCGAGAAGAAGUUUGCCCGCUCCGAUGAACUCUCGCGCCACCGGCGGACACACACGGGCGAGAAGAAGUUUGCGUGCCCCGUGUGUGACCGGCGCUUCAUGCGCAGUGACCACCUGACCAAGCACGCGCGGCGACACAUGACCGCAAAGAAAACCAACGCGUGGCAGUCAGAGGUGCGUAACCUCGGCAAAACCACGACAUUGGCGGGCAAGGUCCGGGCACCAGCAGCUCCCAGUCCGACUGCCUCCCUCGGCGUUCUGGUACCGGCACCAAACUAGUUCCUCGCCCUGCCAGGCCACGGAGCCUCUUUAAGACUGACCUCUGAAGAACCACAACGGGAUGGCAACAAGAACAUGGCUGCUACUAGUAGUUCAAUG